AUGGAUAUUCGUGAUCUCAAGUUUCCCGAUCAGUCCUUUGAUGUGGUGAUUGAUAAAGGUACCAUGGAUGCUCUCAUGUGCGAUCGGGGUGACGUAUGGGAUCCAUCACCAGAGUUGAUUGCCGAUGUGAAGGGCGAGGUAGAUGAGGUGGAACGCGUGACCAAAGUUGGAGGUGUCUUUCUCUACAUCACAUUUGGACAACCCCAUUUCAGGAAACGACAUUUAGCUAGAGAUUGCUGGGAUAUCGAGAUUAAGACAUUAGGCGAAGCAUUCCAUUACUUUUUUUAUAUCAUGCGCAAGAAAUCAGCAUAA